CUGGACACAGCUGAGGACCACGAGGAACACAGCCACGCGCUGACUGGAGACAUUGACCGGGCUCACCAUUUUCACAACCGCACUAAACGCCAGGCGCCCCCUUCGUCGACGGACUCAGGAGAAUUACCGGACCGACUUCAAGCUGAACAUCGUGAGCGGCGACCCGGCCUCCAUGGAGCUGGGACGCGUGCUCGAGUACGAGCUGCAGAUCACCGUGCCGCCCACCGAGAGGCUGGACCUUCUCGUCGACAUCUUCACCAAGGACGUGAUCGCGGAGAACUACGUGCCGCCGCUGGCCAUCUUCGACGUGAAGACGGACCUGCCGCCCGAGAUGACAUUCAGCGUCGGGGAGCCCGAGCCCAAGAUGAUCCUCAGUGAGUCCGUGAAGAACGUGUACGACCGGGUGGUGGUCGAAUUCGGCAACAUCGUCAAUCCAGACACUAGCAGGAACAUCCUGGUCCGCUUCUCAGUGACCGCCGUGCGUGUACGAAUGACAUCUAAGACUCACUACGUCACCGUCGGCGCCGAGUUCGACUUCGAGACGUACGUCUGGGUUGGCCAAACAGAAGUCACCGUUAACCCUCCCAAAGCGAACGAGGAUGAGAAGAAGCUGGAGGUUGAGGUGAGCGGGCCGAACGAGAUCGCGCUGGACAGCGCAGGCAUCUACACCGUUGACAUGUACCUCAAGAUGCGCUCGGACCGAGUCACCAUCUCCGUCACGGGACCCACCGACCUCGAGGACCUGCUCGCUGUCGGAAACCUUGGAGUCGCCAGUUUCAGCGAGAACUACCGGGCCAUUCCCAACGACAUCAACCACUACAAGACAGAACUCACGCCAUCGGCGACGAAGGAGACCUACAGCGCUGCCAAGAUCGACAUGGGCCUCAUCACAAGCACCGGAUCGAUCUACCAGAAGGCCCGAAUCGACGAGAACAAGAUCAGCUUCACGUUCGCUCUGUUCGCCCUGAACAAGCCGGAGUACGUGGGCGAGACCAAGACGGCCAUGCUCGAGAUCACCGUGGCCAACAAGGUCAUGUACAAGGAGCCCAUCUACGUCAACCUCACGGACAUCAACCUCGAUGAGCCGACGAACAACAUCGAGGACGUGCUUCCGGUGACAGAGCUGACAAAAACCACGCUAGGCAGCCUACUGAAGUUCACGCUCCACCUGAACGUCACUUCCGGCGGGUUCACGGCCAUCCGCGUGAUGUCCGAGGUUGAUCCCGAAAGCCCGAUGCAGCUGUGCUCGGCGCGUUUCGACCUCGAGGAGAGCGGCUUCAACUUGCCCUGGGUCAACACCAGCUCCGCCGAGGCUACGCUCGAGAACGAUUACUACGUGGUGGACCUCGGCCGCGUGUUCGUCUCCCAACAGCGUGCGGUGAGCUCUGCCCGGGAGAACACUCUGGUGCUGGAGGUGUUCGUGUACGUAGACUACACGAUGGACGUGAACCUCAAGGAGGGAAACCUGUUCCCCAUCAAGAUGAAGGUCGGCAAGGGAGACGACGGGCUGCUCGUCCCUUUCGAGGCGCUCACCCUCGAACCUAAGCGCUACAUGUACAACCCGGACGUGAAGAUCUUGGACGCGGUCGGAUGGCGGGAGCUGUACGUGAGCGGGGCGGUGGCGCUGGACGUGGUCGUCUCUAUGCCAGCGGGCUCGACGCACGCCAACAUCACGGUGGACGUGGCGGGCCAGAACAACCCGAGCUUGCCCGGUCUGCACGUGUGCCGCGCCAGGCUGUCCUUCGUGGGCCGAGCCAUGCCCUGUCUGCAAGCAGUACGCGACACGGUCAACAUGGAGGGUGUCAGCUAUCCCAAGCUCAACCCGACCCGUAGUGACACGGACUCGGGGCAGGUGUCUCUGGGCACGGUGUCGCAUAUUCCCAAGAGCCUGGCCAACGUGACCGAGAGCAAGAUGAUCAUCAACUUCGUGGCCACCAUACAGGAUGACGCCGAGUUCGCCAACGGGGCGCCGUACGCCAUCAUCACCACCGUGUCCAUUGGCGGCAAGAGCGUCUUCACCGAGGAAAAGAAGUUUGCCGCCACCAGAGGGCCCUCCAAGGACUUGCUCCGGAACAACCCGAUCUUCGCAUACACGCGGCCGCUGUGGACGUCGCCCAUCGUUCCGGGCAUGGUGGCCGAGUUCGAGCUGGUGCUCAAGGCGCCGCCACGCAGCAUGGGCCUGUACCUGGUCGAAGUGAGCACGGCGAGCACCGACGUGAGCGUCUGCGUGCUCAAAAUAAAGUCGGUGGGCGACACCAUGCCCUGCCUGGACCCCGACACGCCGGCCACGUACGUGCUCCACGACGACCCCAACGACGGCAACAAGAGGGCCUCCAUCGCCCUGCAGGCUCUCGCGAACGUCGGCACGUACCCCAUGCGAACGGUGAAGGACCUGGACCCGAACACGGUGGUGUUCUCCGUCAUGAUCCGCGUCAAGGAGACGGCCACCAAGAACAAGGCACUCAAGUGCCGCAUCUCGUACGGCUCCAAGGGCAACUUCGAGGAGAGCCUCACCGUGCCCGUGGCCAGCGGCGCCGCUGCGCGGACGCCGCAGCACGACGAAACGCUUGCCAAGCCGCCUCGGCAGAUGAUGGUCGGCCCCCACGAGCCCACCCUGCACAGCCUCGCGCCUGGGGCGAUGCUCCUGAUGACCUUGUUCCUCGAACUCGAGCCGUUCACCGCAUCCACACUCAACUUUGACCUAACGCUGGACGAAGGGGCCGCCUCCAUGGACGACUUCGAGCUGUGCCACGAGGGGGUCUCGCACCUGGGCAUGAACUACCCGUGCGUCAAGCCCAGCCAGUGGGACAAACUGCCCGUCAAAGCAGCAAAAAGAAUAUUUGGGCACUACGACUUGCACCUGAUCUGCAACUCGUACAUCGAACGGAAGACCGAGGAAGAAAACAUGCUGAGGUUCACGGUACCGCUGCUGCUUAAACGGAACUCGAGCCUGCUACCAGGAAUGGAGGUCAGCAUGACCGCCACCGCAUGUCUCUGGACAAUCGAGUCGAAAGACCGCCACCACCCGACUGCGCAUCGCGAUGUGCCGGACCAGACACUGGGAACGGGCGAUCCUCAGGUCAAGUCUUCUAACCCGGGUCCUACGGACAUCCGAGUUCGACAGCGGCUCUGGAUCCCCUUCAACAUCACCCUGGCGAGGGGAACCAUGGCCGAGCUGCACGUCGAGGCCCGAGGCGCCGUGCACGAGAAGAGUGGCAUCGUGAACCUUCACGGGCUGCGAGUGGAGGCCGUGGGCCGCAACAUUCCCUGCUGGCGCAGCCGACCUCUGAACGUCACGCUCACGUCGUCUUUUGCCAGCGUGCAGACCGACAGGGCGUCCGCGUCGCUGGGCUUCUAUGCCAACCCAGGCUACAGCCACGUGCGGGGCAAACUGCAACAGGGAGACGACGACCUGGUGGUGGAGGUGCUGGCCGAGAUGACCGACCACCCGGUGGCCGACGACGGCAGCCGUCACCCGGUGACGCUGCAGGUCAGCGCGCUCCAUUGGCGCGCCACGGCCACCCACAUGCUGCGCAUCGUACGCACGGGAAAGGAGAGCGCGCUGGUUGACGCCCGGGUGCUGGUCGACGACACCCGCGUCUACGAGAGGGAGGACCGGGUCUCCAUCGCGGCCUAUAUUCGUCACUCGGACGACUCGACCUCCGAGCCGAGCAAGCUCGUGUUCCGUCUGUUCCUGCCCUUCUUCAUCACUUUCGAGUCGCUGGUUGACGUGGUGUCGGUCAGCCACUACCAACCUAUCGUCAGGAACACUAGCACCGGCGUCGACAUCGAGCUGCCCACUCUGAUGUUCGCCGACCAAGUGGAGCUGAACAUGACGCUAGCCGUGGACCCGGAGAACAAACGUGGCUACGGCAAGGGCGAGACGCUAGCCACCAUCCCGUACAGGGUGCUGUGCGACCAGACCUCCAGGGGAUCCCAGAAGCAGGCGCAGGGCCUGCCCUGCGCCAACACCAGCCACUUGGUCUUCACAGUCAACAGCAAUGAGUGCGUCUUCGAGCUGGGACUGCAGAGUGGACUAAUCGAAAACUGUCAGAUAACGGCCUCGUCGGCAGCCGACACCUUGCACGCGCCGUGGGAAGUGCGCAAGGGCGGAUCCAGUGUAUGGUCUCCCGCCGUGAAGUCGAGCCUGCAGCACGACUACCUGCAGGUGAACUUUAUGCGCGUCACCAGGGUGUCCCAGGUGGAGGUGGUGUACGUGCCGGGCUCGCGCCGGGUCUCCAAGUACCGGCUGCUCUACAGCGACAACGGCCAGGACUGGUACAAACACGGAGACGUUCGAACCCUGGACCACAAGAACGGCGUGGCCAUCGACCGGCUCGAGAAGACAAUCCAGGCGCGCCAAAUCCGCUUCGUCAUUGAGGAGGCGUCCGACCCGCAGAUGGAGGACGAACUCCUGGUCGGCAUGCAGCUCGAGCUGUACGGAUGUUACAUCGAGGAGUUGGACCAGGAGCACGGAGUUGCUUGUGAAGAGGACAACACCUGGUACUCGCAUGUUAAAACCAAGAAAACGCGCCACUUUGCAGUGGACACGAUCAACAACAUCGUCUACUUCUGCGACUUCCACGGAAAGACAGAUCACUUGGCCUGCUUCUCUUCCAACGACGGAGGAAAAACUUGGAUAAUCCUGGAGCCGUUCGUGAACCACCUGCUGGGCUUCGACCCGGAGUCUAGCCGCAUGCUGGCCUGCGACUCGUCGGGCGAGUCCUUCCUGGCCAGCUCGGACGGCACCCACUGGGCGCUGGUGCCAGGCCGCGCGGCCAACGUCUCGCUCAGCCGCGCCAACUUCGUGCCCAGCCUGAUCGUGCCAGCAAUGACGCGCUCCGACAUCCUCUCCAAGGACCUCAUCAUUGGCGAUUGGAAAGCCACCUACGACGGGCUUGUGUACAAGGACGCUGAGGCUCCUGCCGCCAUCUGGAAAGGCUGCUGCAUCGGAGCGGAGUAGCCUCGACACCGGCUAACCACGGUGUCUACGCGUCGACACCGGCUAGCCACGGCGUUUACGCGUUGAGAACGUUUCUUGCUCGUAUACUUGCUUUGGCGGACAGAAAAGCAAUAAGGAGAAACGAACGAAUGCUGUGAAUUAUGUAAAAAUUGCGUGGUUAUUUGGGCGAGGACUCGCGAGCUACGCUCAGGAGCCGUAGAUCGUGUCAUUGUAACGCUUGCGGUCGCUGAGACAGCGUUGUUGUUUGCAGCGUACAUAUAUGACAAUUUUCCAAUUUAUAGUAAUGUUUUGUUAUCUGAACUUAUCCUUCGUUUAUAAGACCAAGAUUACUAUCGCCCGUGUAUCUAGUAGGUGACUUGUGAAAUAAUAAUCGUUUGACAGCCUCUGGCUCAACUUAUUGAACAAUCAAACGCAGCACUUUCGACAUACACGAUGAGGUUAAUUAUGUUAUGCUUACCCGUAAUUUGGUUAUAUUGUGACUACAGAAUGUGCGGCGUUGCAAGAAUAAGUGACUACAGAUUGCGCUUGCUGCGAAGAGCCUUCAUCGGGAAACUCAAAGCCGCCGCAUCUCAGUUCAGUUAAUGACACGUGGUCCUAAACGAUCGCUUCGCGAUGUCACCAUGUUUGUAAGACUCUCUGCAAAAUGCAAAGGCGUCAUUAAAAACGAGUGACCACGAACAAAGAAGCCUCUGUGAGAACAAUUCGUUACUUCGGUUGGAUUCAGCAGCUGAAACAUCUUCGCGAUUAGCUUCAACGUCGCAUGCAGUAAACGUUCGAGAGCUGAACGAUGCGCAAUGUUAUUGCGUUCUAAGACCUCGAAGGACUCCAGCCUAAAUAAAACGUCAUCAAGCAACCAACUAAUAUACAAAAUUCUCGCCCAAA